UAUGGGUGAUUGUUGCAAGGUAUCAUUUACUAAAUUGUCAACUGAUUUUUAUGAAGUAUUAUAUCGAUCUCAAAAAGACAAAUCUUUUUGGGACCAUUGUCGGCAGUACAGAAUUACAGGAAGUCGAUGCUAUGGGCUGUAUACCUUUAAUAAAACUUUCAAAACAGAUGAACAAUGGUCUUUGAAAGCCACAAGAUAUUUUUGGCCAAAACUAUUCACAAAUAAGUUUGUUAAAUAUGGUUUACAAUAUGAAAACAUCGCCAGAGAUUUGUAUUCAAAAGAAUUUAAUACAAGUAUUUUAGAGUGUGGCUUAGUGAUUAAUGUUAACAAUCCUUGGUUAGGUUAUACUCCAGAUGGAGUCAUCAUUGAUGAAUAUUUUGUACCCAUCAAAAUUAUAGAAAUCAAUUGUCCUUUUGAUGGUAAGAAACUUGGUACAAGAGAUCUUUUAAAUAGUUUAAAAUGGAUUGUAAAACACCCAGAUGGUUCAUUGAGUUUAAAAAAAAACCAUUGUUAUUAUGCACAAGUACAAAUGGGCAUUGUUUUAUUAAAUGUUAUGGAAUGUGACUUCAUAGUACACAGUAGCUAUGAAAAUAAAAAUGCUGUGUUAAAAGUAAAAUAUGAUGAAGAUUAUUGUAAAAAAUUGUUUUGUAGUUUAAAAGUCAUUUAUUUUGAAAGAUUAAUACACGAAGUAUGCAUAAUUAACAAUAUAUAUUAG